UUUGCCCACUACAUUGGAUCUCAGCAACCCGACCCAUUAACAAUUGCUCCGAAGCCGAUAAUCUCCUCCUUCCAAAUCCCGUUCAACAUUUGCUCCGGUCAUAGUACUCUUCUCCGAUCUCUGCAAUUGAGAGGAGCUCAGCCAAAAUUCUCUGCACAGUUCCCAAGUAAGUAAUCUCUCACCCAAUCUGCUCGUAUAAGCAUGAUCUAGUUUGAAUCCACACUUCAGAUACAGAAUUGUUAGCUUUAAGCAAGACUUUGUGUGCAAAAAUUAGCAAAGAUCUGAUAAAGAUCGACCCAAAAAAUGUCUUGUUUGGCACUUUCUCUGCAACCCACUAAUGGACCUGAUAUCUUACUCCAAACCCGUGAAUGGUUUCCACCAUCUCGAGCCCUAAUGGCACUUUCAGCUUUUCGCCAGACGCGUCUUGCAUUUUCCAAACAACCACAACAAACUACCGCUGACUCAUAUCCUUCCGAUCCUUCUAUGUCACUUGGUGAUGACCCACUUGCGGCUUCUUCGGGUCAAGUUAUUGUUGGGGUUGAAUCGAGGUAUCGGGUUGUGUAUCGUCUUGUGAACUCGAUUUAUGUGCUUGCUAUUACUACUGCUGAUGAUAAUGAUAAAGAUAUGGUUGUUAAUAAUGUGUUUGAGUGUAUUAGUAUUGUGAAUCAAGCUGUUUCAGUGGUGGUUACUGCGUGUCGUGGUGUAGAUGUGACACCGGAGAAGUUAGCUAAGAAAUACGCGGAGAUUUAUAUGGCGUUGGAUAUUGUGUUGAGAGGGGUGAGUAAUAUUAGGUUGGCAGCUAUGUUGGCAUCUAUGCACGGGGAGAGUAUAGCGAAGAUGGUGCAUUCAGCUGUUCAUACGGAGAAUAAGAUUAGGGGAGGUGAUAGUUGGGUGAAUGUGGAGGCGCAUUCGUUGGAACAAGAAGGUGGAUUGGAGACAUUCUCGAAAGCGUUGUUUGAGUUGCCUCAGGAAACGUUGGAGGCGGGAGAUGAAGUGGCAGCCACGUUGGCGAUUACGGGUGGAGAAAAGGAGGAGGAGAAAAUUGAGGAGAUUGAGGUGGAGCAGGAUCCAUUUGCAGCAAGUGAUAAGAUUAAUCAGCCAGAGUCCUUGAUGGGUGGUUUUAAGAAGGACAAGGCUAAUGAGAGUUCAGAUGUCGCAAAGGCAUUGGCAGGGCUUGACGUGACUACCCUGCCACCUGCUGCAGCUAGCCAGUCAACUCACAUCGGUGUGGAAGGGUUUGAAGGAGAGUAUGGAGGGAUAGAGUUUAGUAAUGAAGGAUCAACACUGCGAGAAGAUUUUGAAGGCAUCAAUGAUGCCUGGGGUGGUGGAUUAGAUGCUUCUGAGUAUGUGGGUACGAAAAAGGUGAAGAAAGAUCAGGGUCUUGGUGGGCUUGAAUUACUGGCGACUAGUGAACCACCAAAAGCUGCAGCUGGAGCCACUGCUGAGGGUGCUGGGAAGAAUCUUGAGGAUAUUUUGGUGAAGAAAAUGAAUGGUCCAGAAAUGUUUAUUACUGAGGAGAUCAGUGCCGAGUUCAGAGAAUCAUUGCUUGCUAGAGUUGGUUUGAUGGGCAUUGUUUACUUAAGAACCCUGCCGCCAAAGUCUUCCGAUGAUAACGAAACUGAGUUUUCUUUCAAGGUUGAAGACACUGCUGCUGUUAAAAGGUUUGUCAUGCAAAAUUCUCGUGUGAGCAGCCUUGGGAAUGGUCUGUUUCAUGUGAAGACAGCACCAUCAAAUGAGCCUAUACCAAUUAUCAAGUACAGUUUGCUACCACGUUUAACUCCGCUGCCUUUGAGGAUUCGACUUGUUAAGCGUCUUAGUGGGACAUUACUUUCUGUAAUGCUGCAGUACGUUGCAAAUCCUGAUAUUCCAGUUCCAUUAACCAAUGUGACCUUUGUCUUGAAAUUGCCAGUGGACCCAACAUUAUUGAAAGUUUCACCUAAAGCUGUGUUGAACCGCUCUGAGAGAGAACUGAAAUGGCAUGUUGAUGAGAUUCCGCUCAAGGGUCAUCCUGGCAAAUUGAAGGCGAGGUUCCCCAUUGAUAUUAAUGAUGAUGAUGAGGCGGUAGAGCUAGAGCUUUUUGGUUAUGUAAAGUUUUCAUCCCAAGGAACUAGAUCUUUGUCUGGCAUUUCUCUGCAGCCGGCUUUAGAGGGCAAGACUGAUUUUUAUGAGGUUGAUCACAGGUAUUCAAGUGGAGUUUACACAUGCAACUAAUCAUCAAUGGCUUCUUUUGUUGGUUUAGAAAUUGUGUGUCUUUGUGCUUUCUAUCUUUUAACAUGGUAUGAGUUAUCAAAGUAUUUGCAGCUUUCUUUGAAUGUACUAGCAUGUAAUUUAGAUGAUCUGGUUUUUGAGGAAUUCUUUUGUUUAAAUCUUCCCAAUAUUUCUCUUUAUGUAAUGGGACAAAAGAUUUUUUUAUA